UAAUAAUUUUAAUUUCAUAUUUUAUCAUGGCUAAAGCAAAGUCUGUGACGAAUUCUUCAUUAAAAGAAUCAUCAGAAAAGAUUGUCGGCGGUCAUAAAAUAUCAAUUGAAGAAGUUCCUUAUCAAGUUGCUUUGCUUUACAAAAAUGAAAUGAUUUGUGGUGGUUCAAUCAUCUCGGAAUUGUUCAUUCUUUCAGCAGCUCACUGUGUGUUUCAUGCCAAAGAAUAUCCCAGCAGCUUUAAGGUGAGAGCGGGAUCAGACGAUUGGAAUAGAAGUGGAGUUGUUAUUAAAGUUAAGCAGAUAUUCGUUCAUAAAAAAUAUGACAAAGUGAAAGCUGAUUACGAUUUCUCACUCCUGAAACUCAAUUCGAAGUUGAAAUAUUCAGAAAAAAUUCAAUCAAUUAACUUACCACAUGAAAACGAGUCAGUUGAAGAUGGCGCAGAAUGCACAGUCACUGGUUGGGGUUCAAUUGGAAAUGAAGUUUAUCCUGAUAAUCUUCAUGCAGUUCAUGUUUAUAAAAUUAAUUAUUCAAAGUGUGAAGAUGUUUAUGGUCAGUUUCUGUUAACUAAAAGGAUGCUUUGUGCUGGUGUUCCAGAUGGAUAUAAAGAUGCAUGUCAAGGUGACAGUGGAGGUCCAUUAGCAACUAAUAAUACUCUCGUUGGCAUAGUUUCCUGGGGAAACGGAUGUGGCGUUCCAGAUUUUCCUGGCGUUUAUUCUCGUGUAGCGUCAGUUAGAAAAUGGAUCGCAGAACACGCUCACUCAAUUGCAUUUUUAUCAAUUGACUCAACAGUGAGAACGAAAAGUGAGAACUCAAAAGUGAAAGAAGUGAAAUCAAAAGUUAAAAUGUUUCGAAUAAUUUUGUUAACAUUCUUCAUUCCCAUCAUCAUCGCCAAUCCAUUGAUUCGUCCAAUGCGUCCAUUAAUCCCUCCAAGAUUCAUUCCAACAAGCACAGGAAAGAUCGUUGGAGGUCUGCCAAUUGCCAUCGAAGUCGCACCAUUUCAAAUUUCCUUGCAAAUUUCAAACUUUCAUAUUUGUGGAGGGUCAAUUAUCUCAGAGAAUUUCGUUCUCACUGCUGGUCACUGCACACAGGGAAAUUCAGCAUCAAGUCUUCAAGUCAGAGUUGGAUCUGAAUUCUACAAUUUGGGUGGAACUGUCGUCAGAGUAUCCGAAAUUAUUCAACAUGAAAUGUUUGAUUACUUCACAAUUGAUUACGACUUCUCAUUGUUGAAAUUGGAAACUGCAUUGACGUUCACUUCAAAAAUUCAACCAGUAGCAUUGCCAGCUCAAAAUGAAUCACUUCCAGUUGGUUCAAUGUGCAAAGUUUCCGGUUGGGGUAACACACAAAGCUUUUAUGAACCCAGAAAUCCAAUGCGUGGAGCUUGUGUCCCAACAGUGGCACAAAAUGAAUGCGAGAAAGCUUAUCAAAGCUUUGGUGGAAUAACAGACAGAAUGAUUUGUGCUGGAUACGUAACUGGUCAAGUUGAUGCUUGCCAAGGUGACAGCGGCGGUCCUUUGGUGUCAAGUGACAAACUUGUUGGUGUAGUGUCAUGGGGAUACGGAUGUGCCAAGCCUGGCUACCCAGGAGUUUACUCCCGUGUUGCUUCAGUCAGAGAUUGGAUUAAAACCAAGUCAGGUGUCUAAAUAAUUUUCCUAAUUAAUCUCUUUAAUGACCUCAAUAAAAAUAUUACAAAAUAAAAUUUUGUUACUUUAUAAAAAUA